AUGGGGAGAAUGUUAGAGCCUAUUGAGAAGAAAGGCUUUAUUGGGAAAAAGAAGGAUUGCGAGGUGAACAACGUGGAAGCAGGAUAUAAGGGAAGGCCAUGGAUACACGCCUCUGGGGCUGUGACAUCAUCUCUACACCAAUGUCUGAAGUACAUUAUCAAUGAUAUUCUAGUGAAAGUUAAGGCAGAAGAAACCUUGUCCAUGAUAAGGAAUGUGUCGGUCCCUUAUAUUGAAGAAGAAGAUUGCAAAGAUGGAAAUCUCCAUGCCUUCGAGAUUGUGAACACUGAAUGGGCACCAGAGAAUAAGAAUGAUCCAAUUACUGGAAAUCUUAAGAGAAUCAACAUGAUAAAAAUUAAGGCUGCUAAUCAGAGGUUUGGGCUUGGCUUUAAGCCUAAGAAAGAUGAUCACAAAAGAGUUGCUAGGAUAAAACGAGAAAAAAAGUCAGCAUAUGUGAUGAAACCUGAAAACAUGAUGAAAGUAUUGGGACAAAAACUUGUUAUCAUGGAUAUUAACAAUAUAGAGGAAAGUGAAAGGAAAGGUUGGAACUAUGAUAAUGAGCAAAAAACAAUAAAAGAAGAUGAAUUGUUGUCUCAGUUAACUGUUUAUUAUCUAGAAGAGGCUCCAACUAGCGCCUUUGUGCGAAAGCUUUUAGUUGAAGAAUUUGCUUUUGUGUUUUUAUACCUAGUUGGAAAUCUUGGCUCAAGAUGUCAACAUAAGAUAAAUGUAGGCACUGAGCAAGAUAAAAGAGAGUUAAAGAUUGGAACUCUGAUCACUACAGAAGAAAGAUGCAGUUUAACCUCAUUACUACAAGAGUAUAUCGAUGUGUUUGCCUGGUCUUAUACAGAUAUGCCUGGUUUAGACAUUGAUAUUGUAGUACACAGAUUACCUUUGAUAGAAGGAUGUAAACCUGUUAAGCAGAAAUUAAGAAGAACUCGCCCAGAUAUUGUGCUCAAAGUCAAGGCAGAGAUAGAGAAGCAGUGGGAUGCCGGUUUUCUAGAAGUUAUUAAAUACCCUCAAUGGGUAUCUAAUAUAGUGGUGGUACCAAAAAAUGAUGACAAAAUCAGAGUAUGUGUAGAUUUCAGGGAUCUAAACAAAGCCAGUCCGAAGGAUGAUUUUCCUUUGCCUCACAUAGAUGUCUUGGUAGACAAUGCUGCUAGGAGUUCAACUUACUCCUUUAUGGAUGGAUUUUCCGGUUAUAACCAGAUUAAAAUGGCUGAAGAAGAUAAAGAGAAGACCACUUUUGUCACACCAUGGGGAACAUUCUGCUACAAAGUGAUGCCAUUUGGGUUGAAGAAUGCUGGAGCCACGUAUCACAGGGCAAUGGUGACACUUUUCCAUGAUAUGAUGCAUAAAGAGAUUGAAGUGUAUUUGAAGCUGAAUCCUUCAAAAUGCUCGUUUGGGGUAAAGUCUGGAAAGUUGCUAGGAUUUGUGAUAAGCAAUAAAGGAAUAGAGGUCGAUCCUGAUAAAGUGAAAGCAAUUCAGGCUAUGACAGUUCCUAAGACUGAGAAAGAAGUAAGAGCUAAGGUAGCAUUGCAAGAAAUUCAUGAAGGAAUUUGUGCAACUCAUGCAAGUGGGCAUAUGAUGGCUAGACAAAUGCAACGAUCCGGGUACUUAUGGAUGACCAUAGAGAAAGAUUGCAUGGAUUAUGUCAGGAAUAAAGUUGGAUGGAUAACUUUUGAUGAUGCACCGAAUGUGAAUUCCAACCCUAUACCCAAUCAUGCUACAAGUAGUGGAGGGUUGAAUGCUGGAGGAGUAGAGGGUAAGAAGGAAAGAGCUUUGAAGGUUUCCAUGGAAAAACUAUAUGGUAUGCUGGUACAGUCUGGAUAUUUAUCUGAGUUUGAAAUAGUAAUAAAUGGAAAUAAUUACUGUAAGUUUCAUGGCGAGGUGGGACAUCACAUUGAUUAUUGUGAAGAAUUUCACCAAGAAGUGAAAAGGAUACUGAUUUUCAGCAUGAUACGGAUAGAAAGUGAAGAAGAGAGCAGUGAAGUUGGGAUGAUAGGCCAUUAG